GCAGGUGCUGUUUGGACGUUGGAACCGCACUUCCGUCUUGCUCCAUGUCUGAAGUGUACAUUAAGGAGCCUGCCACAAAGGGCAAGGCCGUCCUGCAGACAACUCAUGGUGACUUGGAGAUCGAAAUUUGGGCCACAGAGACCCCAAAGGCCUGCAGAAACUUCUGCCAGCUCAUCUUGGAAGGGUACUACAAUGGCACUGCCUUCCAUAGAGUGAUCCGGGACUUUCUCAUUCAGGGAGGAGACGGCACCGGCACCGGCGAUGGCUGUGAGUCCAUCUACGGGAAUCCAUUUCCUGAUGAGAUACAUCCACGGUUGAAGUUCAGGUACCGCGGAAUGCUGGGUGUUGCUAGUGCUGGUCGUGGGACAAAGACCAAUGGUAGCCAGUUCUUCAUUGCCAUGGGGCGGCUGCCUUCCCUGGAUGGCAAGCACACGCUGUUUGGCAAGGUGGUCGGCCAAACAAUCUACAACCUCGUCCGGCUAAACGAAGUGGAGGUAGAUAAGUUCGACGUUCCGGUGGAUCCUCCAAGGAUAGUGCGAGCAGAGCUGGUUUGGGAUCCAUUUGGAGAUUUGGAGCCGCGGUACAAGGUUGGAGUGCCGAAGAAGAUCAAAGAAAAGGAGGAGCACAGGCGUGCGCCGGUGCACAAGAAGAAUGUCCUUUCCUUUGGCGGUGGCAGUGAUGAAGAGGAUGAGGAGGACGACGACAAGAAGCCGCAAGGCAAUCUGAAAGUCAAGAGUGCGCAUGAUGUCCUUAAUGACCCGCGGCUCUUGAAAGAUGUGGCCUACCCAGAAGAGGUAGCGGAGAAGAAGCGGCUCAGAGAGGGCAGCAAGCGUGACGAGGAUGCCAAGGCAUCCAAGAGGCCAACGCCUGCGACACGAGUAGCAGGCAAAGUACAGAAGCCCAGAAAGGAGAGCGAGAGCGAGGAAGAGGCGGACUUCGGUGGUUCAGACUCCGAUGAAGUCCAACCUGAGAAGGCUCCAAAGAGAGACAAGGAAGCCCAGAGACAGGAGACCAUUCUGAAGUUGAAGAAGGAGAUCGUUGGUUUGGCCAAUGGCUUGCCAGCUCCAGAACCGCGGAAGCAGACAGGCUCUGCCCUAGAGGCCAUGCGAAGAGGCUUUAGGACACGCGCAGAGACACGGGUCGAACCCAAAGGGAAGGAGGCCAGGAGGAUUCAAGCAGAGGCGGUGGUGGAGGGCUUGAAGCAAUACCAGGAUCGCCUCCGCACGCUCCUUCCUGAUGAGCCAGCGGAGGAAGACAAGGAGGCUGAGCCUGCCACCCUGGCAUCCUACUGGGAAGACGGAAAUGAAGAAGAAGACAAGGACUGGCUGGCCACCUCUGGGCUCAAGUUCCACACCUCCGGCGACAAAGCCUUCCAGAUUGCCGCGCAGAAGAAGGCGCGUGACUCUUUGGAGAUCUUCGAUCCAAUCGCUGCCACAGGCAACAUAGAGGCCUUGCAGGCAGCGCGAAAGCGCAGAAACGACAAGGUUGUGCCUUCCAUGAGACGCCAGAACCCAAUUGAAAAGUGGUAGUCUUUGCCAGCUUGCUUGCUGAGCCCAUUUGUGGCGCUAGCCAAUCCCGUGAGCAGCAAAACAACUGAAAGGCUGCAUGCUUUGCGUCAUUGGGAGUCCGGGAGGGUAGCACCGUAGCACCUCUCCAGAAGCAGUUUAAGGUAAGCUCUGUCAAGCAGGUGCGGA